AUGACUUUCUCUGUCUCGACCAACGGUGCCGGUGGAGAAGCUCCGCCCAAGCCCAUCGAAGCCACCGAUGCAUACCGCAACAAGUACCCAGUUGCCUACGAACAGUCCAAGCUGCCAUUCGAUGCUCCCAGACGGGUGAAAGUCAUUGUCGCUGGUGCAGGCAUCAGUGGUAUCUCCUUUGCCCACGCCGUAGAAAGCGGCCAACUGCCCAAUGUCGAUCUCCAGAUUCUGGAAAAGAACGCUGGGUUGGGAGGAACGUGGCUGGAGAAUCGCUACCCCGGAUGUGCCUGUGACAUCCCGUCCCAUAACUACCUGUUCACCUGGGCACCGAACCCCAAAUGGUCCUCGUUUUAUGUGUCGGCUCCGGAAAUUCUCGAGUAUAUCGAGAACGUGGUCGACAAGUUCGAUUUGGGAAAAUAUAUCACGACGAGUCGCAAGAUCACUGGGGCCCGCUGGGACGAGCAGAAACAAAAAUGGAUCGUCACCAGCAAGCAGACUGAUGGUCGUCGCACAAUCGUUUCUGCAAAGGGCAUUACCGAUGGAGAAGUGGGCAAUGAUAUCGUCGAGGAAUGCGAUGUUUUCAUCAAUGCCAGCGGCUACCUGAACAACUGGAGAUGGCCCGAUCUUCCUGGUCGCGAAGAGUACCAAGGCAUCCUAGCCCACAGCGCCAACUACGACCCCGAGAUUGACCUCCGCGGCAAAAGAGUCGCCGUUAUUGGCAACGGAAGCAGUGGGAUCCAGGUCACUGCAGCUGUGCAGAAAGUGGCGAGCCAUGUUGGGGCGUACAUACGUUCCCCGACUUGGGUGACGGCGAACUUGGGCUCCAGGUUCAUCGGCCAAGGCCAACCCAACAUGACCUACGACGAGGAGCAGCAGAAGAAGUGGAUGGAGAAUCCAGAAGAGUAUCUUACCCUGCGCAAGGAGAUUGAGAAGGAGCUCAACUUCCGAUUCCCCUUGUAUAUCCGCGGAAGCUCGUUUCAGGAAAUGGCUCGAAAGGCCACGACCAGCGACAUGCGCACCAAGCUUGAGAAGAAGCCCGAAGUCGCCGACCUGGCUAUCCCUUCUUUCGGUGUUGGAUGUCGUCGCCCGACUCCCGGGCCAGGCUAUCUUGAAGCGCUCGCCUCCGAGAACUGUGAGGUGGUCUGGGGGGACAUCAGCUCCUUUACCAAGACCGGACUGAGAUCCCACGAUGGCAAGGAGCGUGAAUUUGAUGUAAUCAUCGCCGCAACAGGCUUUGACAUGUCCUUUAUACCUCGUUGGCCCGUUGUCGGACGAAACGGGGUGAACCUCCAGACCGAAUGGGCGAAGGAUCCGGCCUGCUACAUGUCCGUGCUAGCGCAGGAUAUGCCAAACUACUUUGUGUAUAUGGGACCGGGGAGCCCAGUCGGUCAUGGAAGCAUGAUCACCUCCAUUGAACGCAUCACCCUGUAUGUGGUGGAUAUGAUCCGGAAGCUGCAGCGCGAGAACUAUUCCUCGUUCCGCCUCAAGGACGGCAAAGCCAAGGCCUACCAGUUCCAGAUGCUGUCGUGGCUACAGAAGACCGUCUGGGGCGACCCAUGCCAGAGCUCAUUCAAGAAUGGCAACAAAGACGGCGCAUUGCAUGCGUUCCACCCGGGAUCUCGGCUGCACUACUUUGAAUUGCUUCGCCGGCACCGGUAUGAGGACUUCGAGUGGGAAAGCCGAUGCCCUGAGCCUGAAUUGGACUUUGCCUGGCUCAAUAAUGGGUUCCUUUCACAUGAGCUAUCCCCAGAAGAAGCGGCUGAUCCAACCUGGUACCUGAACCAAGAUUCUGCCAUUCUGACGAAGUUUCUGGACGGAGUAAAGGCUUGA